AUCCGUUCUGUCGGUCUGCAAUAAUGGAGGGAAAAUAGCACUAAAGGGUUACAUGAACAGAAAGACAUGAUUGACUUUUCCACCCAGAAUCUGUCCUUUGGAGAAAUUCACCUUCUGUUCUCAGAGGAAAUUGAAUAUUGUAUUUUGGGUGUAUCAGCUACGAUUUUUCUUGUAGUCUUCUGCCUUCUGAUAUGGCAGAUUUACCGUUACUGUACAACGCUUUCGCUUGAGGUUCUGAACCAGCACCAAAUGUCCCCGGGCUCCUCGUACACCAACCUAGGCAGCAGUCUGGAUCUGACCAUCACGUUAGGUCCAGAUGAAGACCACACCCAGGGAUCCCUUCGCUUUUCCCUGUUUUAUGAUCAGAUUCAGUCUAGAUUGGUGGUGACAGUUCUGGACGCUCAAUAUCUGUCUGUGCAAGACUUCAGUCUCAGCGUGGAUCCCUUCGUUUGGGUACGGCUGUUUUGGGCAGAGAGAGAGGACAUGGACCAAAGUUCACUGCAGUGUGUUCUGCAUGAAUGGCAGACGCGGCUGGUGAAGAAGAGCUGCAGUCCUGUGUUUGGAGAUCAGUUCUCUUGCGCUCUGGAUGAGGAGGAGGUUUCCAGAGUCACUGUUAAAUUUGAGGUUAGGAAUUAUGAUAAAUACUCAAGAUAUGGAAUCCUGGGAGAGGCCCGGGUGUCCCUAAACAGUCUGAAAAUAUCAUAUCCGCUGGAGUUAAGACACAACCUGCAAGUACCAAAGAAAGAUAUGGUUGGUGAGGUGCUCCUGUCUCUAAAAUAUAUGCCCACAUCUCAGCGGCUGGAGGUGGGAGUGCUUAAGAUCAGAACUGUUUCUCAUCCCACCAAGACUGAGCGAGCUCUAUAUGCCAAAGCCAGCGUCAUCUGCAACCAAUGCAAACUUCGGCAUCAGAGAACCGCACAGAGGAAGCGUCUGGAAAUGACUGUGUUCAAUGAGGUCCUCACUUUUCUUCUUCCAGAUCCUCAGAUCAGAGAGUGCUCGAUUAUUAUCACUGUGUACGAACUGCACCCUGCACAGAAGAGCUCCAGACGCCUGAUUGGUCAGAUCCACCUCGAGAAGGGCAGGACCUCAGAAAACGAGCAUUGGAAGUUGAUGAUGCAAUCACUGAGACAGCCAAUCGCCAAAUGGCAUUUCAUCCUCAUCUGA